AUGGCUUGGGACAGCUUGGUAAAACCGGUAUUUGUGCUUUGGGCUUCUAAAUAGUGCUAAAGGUCUGCAGUUCCCAAGGCUUUUCAAGUUUAUGAUUGCUUAAGUACUUUUUGGAGAAUGUGAAUGAUUUCCAGCAGCUUGCAGAAUUUAAUCCACACACCUCUUCCAAUAAAGGACUUGAGAGUUUUUCGUGCAUCUGUUCAUUCAAUUAAUGAAAUAAUUUUCAACUUUUUUUUAAGAACAGUGUGACCCAAGUACUCUUAAUUUGGCAGCUGACAGCAGCAUGAGAAUUAAUAAUGCACAGACUGUUGUCUCAUCUGUUUUUCCUCAAACCCUGAGGUAAUACUCCUGUUCUGGAGGUAACCUGAAAUCCAUAUGCCAACAAUAUAGAAGGGCAACUAUCUUUAAUGUGUUUGCAGUUUUACUGCAAAUUUCAUGUUUAUCCAUAUGGAUCCACAAAUGCUGAUGCUGUAGAUAACUUUGUACCAAUAAUAUCUCAGUCACUUGUUCUGCUGUCAUGCCCUUUCUGGGUUUGCCUGAUGUUGGUAAAUACGUGAAGGGCUGUUCAGUGCACUCUGGGUAAGGGUCACAGUGAUAUGUUACGAUAAGGCAAUUUUAUUUGUAGAAACUUGAACAUCACCCCAUCUCCUGAGAGCAGUGCAGCAAAGGACUGUGUUGUAGAGCUUGUUUCUGGCUAAAUCUGUGGGUGCUUGUGCAGUGCUGCUCACCCAGGGAGUCUCUCACAUAUUUCCAACUGUUCUUCAAGAUCCACAUGAAUUUACUUGAAAUGGCUCAAGAAGAGAUGGAAGUUGAUCUGCAACCAGUGGCUGGUUACUCAGUGGAGACUCUGCAGACACUUGCCCCGGAGCCCUCUGGUCACACAGUGCUCUCUCACAUUCCUGUGCUUGGGGAAGGAGGAGGCAACGCUGCAGCCCUUCCUGCUGACGAUGCUGCUGUCACACCCAAUGCUGGUACAACAAGGGAAGCAGCUGCAGAGCCUGACCUGCACAUGAAUCCUGCCACGGCUCCCAGUGGGCUGCAGAGGCUCCAAGGGGCGUUAGAUCUGUACCAGCAGCCUGUGCCACAGCUCACACAGCGUCCACAAGUGAGGAGAGCUCGCAGGCAGCAGAGAAUUGGUGGUUCCCAAAGGACCAUCAGUGCCAGGGCAGCAUUGGACCAUUACUUUCAACUCAGUAGGACCCAAGAGCCAUCUGCAGGACCAACUCCACACCUGGAGUUCCCCCAUAGUGCAAGGGACACCCAGGAACAGCGCCCAGACGAGACAAUCGAAGUGAGUGACUCUGACAGCAGCACUUCUGAGGAGGAGGAGGAGGAAGCAGUGGAGGCAGCAGCACCAUCAGCCCAGGAGAUGCCUCCAGCAGCAAGUUCAGGAGUUCCCAAUCAGGUCCAAGCAGAGCCACCUCAAGCUUCUGCAGAGCAUGAAAGUCAUGAAGAUGAAGCUGAAGUCCAGCAAAAGCAAACAAGUCCAGAAAAAAAACUGGAGCCAUCAGUUCCUGCUGCACGUCUGGAUGAGGAGGAAGGAGAUACCUGUGCCAUCUGCUUUGAGCAGUGGACCAAUGCUGGGGACCACCGUCUGUCUGCACUGCGGUGUGGACACCUCUUUGGCUACACCUGCAUUGAGAGGUGGCUCAAGGGACAGGCAGGGAAGUGCCCUCAGUGCAAUAAGAAGGCCAAGCGUUCUGACAUCGUGAUCCUGUACGCGCGCACGCUGAAGGCGCUGGAUACCAGUGAGCAGGAGCGCAUGAGAAGUUCUUUAGAAAAAGAGCAAAUGUUGCGGAGACAGGCGGAGCUGGAAUCUGCACAGAGCCGUCUCCAGCUCCAGGUCCUGACAGAUGAGUGCAGCAAACUCCGCAAGCAGGUCCAGGAGCUGAAGGCUCUGGUGGCCCAGUACAAUGUGAGCACUUCACAGCAGCCUGGCAGCUCCCGAACCCGCCUCCCAGGCAGCCUCCCCUCCAGCCAAAGCCAGCGCAAGUACCACUUGGAAAAGGUGUUUUUGGUGUCUCAGACUGGGAACUGCAGAGUGAUGGCAUACUGUGACUCACUGAGUUGUCUUGUGGUAUCACAGCCUUCUCCACAGUCUACUUUUAUCCCUGGUUGUGGUGUUAAGAUGAUGAGCUUGGCCAACCUGAAGAGCAGUCAGUACAUCCCCAUCCACAGUAAACAGAUUCGGGGCCUGGCUUUUGGCACUCGAGCAGAUGGUUUGCUGCUCUCUGCUGCCCUGGACAGCACCCUCAAACUCACCAGCUUGGCAACAAACACUGUGGUGCAGACAUACAAUGCUGGCCGUCCUGUAUGGAGCUGCUGCUGGUGUCUUGAUGAUACAAACUAUGUCUAUGCUGGAUUAGUCAAUGGCUCUAUCAUGAUAUAUGAUCUGAGAGACACCAACUCUCAUGUCCAAGAACUGGUCCCUCAGAAGUCGAGGUGCCCCAUGGUAUCACUGUCCUACCUGCCCCGGAUGGCCUCGGCCUCGCUGCCUUAUGGUGGAAUAUUGGCUGGGACCUUGGAAGGAGCCUGCUUUUGGGAACAGAAAGCUGGCAAUUCCUACCGGCCUCAUCACCUGCCCCUGGAACCCGGAGGCUGCAUCGAUCUCCAAACAGAGAUCAACACACGGCACUGCCUGGCCACCUACAGGCCUGGUAAAAAUAAUCCAUGUGUGCGUUGUGUGAUGAUGGAACUGACUUGCAGCCCGCUGACAGAGGGCUCAGAAGAUGUGGUGUGUUCUUCUAACCCGGUUCAGACUUUCAGUGCUGGGCCAGCUUGCAAGUUGCUGACCAAAAAUGCCAUUUUUCAGAGUCCAGAGGAUGAUGGGAGUGUUUUUGUAUGUGCUGGUGAUGAGGCAUCCAAUUCUGCUCUGCUCUGGGAUGCUGGAAGUGGUUCUUUGCUGCAGAAGCUGCCAGCUGACCUGCCUGUGCUGGAUAUCUGCCCCUUGGAAGUGAACCAAAGCCACCUCUUGGCUACUCUGACAGAGAAGAUGGUGAAUAUCUACAAGUGGCAGUGAGCUGUCCCUGUGCUUGCCACAGACUGUCCAAAUAUGCUGCUGGUAAAAUCCUACACAACUGCUCAGUCCUGCACUUGCUGCUUACAGGAGACAGGAUCCAUUACAGCACCUUUCUGGCAGUGGGGAGGAGCUGGGAUGCACUGGUGCCCAGAGCAAUUCCUUUCUUCUUCUGUAUUCCUCUUUAGGCCUGCCCUUAGUUCUUCUUUUGUUAAUUUUUUUUAGUCAAACUCUACAAGCUGCCUCAGCACAGCAAUAAUUCCUGGAGUGUCUCCAGCGUGUGUUGCUGCACUUUUUUUUUCUGCUGUGAAUACAGUACAGGGACUUUCAAAUCUCUGCUACAAAUGAAUAAAAUAAGAGGAACUUGAAGACCUGAGACUCCCACUGCACUUUCUUGUGGAAUCCUGCUGUGAUUACUAGGUGAUGAAAAGGCAUCUUGUAGCAUUGCUGAUACACAGUGUGAAAGCAAGUUCACUGCCGUGGGGAGCACACUCCCAACGUUCUGUUGAAGGUCUGGGGUCAGUUGGCAGUUAUUCCUGAACAAGGAUGGAUCCUGUUUUGGGGCCAUGGAGAGAACGGGCUUGGAAAAUCUACAGAGAACCUUUUUCCUUUGUGGUUUUUUUUUUCCAUGAGCAUAUAAUUUGCACUGUAAUUCCUUAAUUCUCUGCCUUCUUUCCCUUCUCUCCUUCCUGCU